AUGAUGAGUAGUUGGACUGAGAGAAUGCAUAGAAGGGCAGCUACCCUCGGUAAUGUUGUCACCAGCUGUGGUCAUCCUUCCUCUGUUUCACCGUACCCCAGAAGACUCGAAAAAGUUAAAUUUGGGGUUCCACUUGAUGAAGUCUGCAAAAAUGAUAUUCCUGGCCCAUUAUUGGUUCUUAUUCUAAAGCUCAACAAAGAAGCGCCGUUGAGAAAAGAUGUGUUCAGAGCGCCAGGUCAUCAGGGUAACAUGAAAAAACUUAUUCAUUUCCUCCAAACAGGACGUUUAGUUAACAUGGAUAACUUCAGUGUUUAUACAAUAGCCAGUGUGUUAAAAAAGUUUUUAAGAAAAAUACCUGGUGGUGUAUUUGGCCGAGAGGGAGAACAACAACUAUUUACGGUUAUUCAACUUGACAGUAUGGAACAACAGAGGGACCAGAUCUAUCAAUUAAUUACAUCUUUACCCAUUUACACACAACGCUUAUUAGUAUUACUUUUCGGAACAUUCAGGGUAGUAGCUGUUAAUAGCGAUCGAGCUCGCACAGGAAUGUCUAGCGAAGCAUUGGGUGUAUCUGUCGCACCUUCUUUCUUUCAGAGCUGUGUCAGCGAUGGCAAAACCGCUAAAAUGGAGGAUGUACUGAGAUUUAAGGUGGCGACUCGAGUAAUGAAAUUUAUGAUUGAUAAUUUUGGAGUAUCGAAUCUUUUCGGCCGUGAAAAUUACGAGUUUUACGCUCGAAUUACCGGACGAAUAUUAAAAGUUGAAGAAGACUGGAUUUUCAGUUUCCGUUAUCCACCUGAUAAUUUAGUCUCCAGACAAUUGUCUCUCGAAGCUGAAAAGACGUGGCUGCAAUACGAAUGCGAGCGAUGGGGACUCAAGUUCAAUUUGGAAUCUAUGUCGCAUCAAGAAGAAUCGCAAUCGACACCAGCUUUGAUCCACGUGCCAGAGUCUCUAGAGCUUACGUCAUCCUUAGGAAUGAUUCCUGAGAAUACCUUGCUUGAGAGUUAUACUCGACUAUCUGUCAGCUUGGAAGAGAAUGGAUUGUUUCAUGCGUCAAGUAGAUCGUCUAGUAACGCAAGUCAUCAAUCCCGUCACGCAGCGAUGACUCUAGACGAAUUAAGGGCCGUUAAUCGAUACGCUGAGAGUACCAAGAGUCUGAGCUAUUUGCCACAGGUACACGAGAGGCAAACAGCUCGUAUGCGCACGAGGUCAGAGUGGUUUUUGACGCCUGUUGGUGAAAGACUCGCAGGAACUGAUAGUGAUCCUACAGCCAUACACAUCCUCAGAGGAUCCAAUCGAUCUUCUUCUGAUAAUAUUGCUACAGGUCUAAGCGCUAGCGCUGAGUCAGUAAAACGUCCAAGUUUACGAAGAACAGCUUCCAGAGAAAAGUCUCGCAUUCAUCGAAGUUCAUCGCGACGUCACAAAGAAAACGGAACGAAAAAUCGUGGAUCUAUAGAUCCUUGUAAAUCCCGAUCUAUGGAGACCAUGAAGAUGAAAAGAGCGUCGCAAGAGCCAGCUGAAAAAAUACCAAAAAAUAAAAGCGAUGAGUUAUUGAACGACGAGUCGCCUUACUCACGUGAGUUUAUAAAUGAUCAGACAGCAGAUAUUGGACCACAGGAUUGCACCGAAAAAGAUGAGCAUAGAUUUCACGUUACUUUGACGUACAAACCGAGGAUAUGA